AGGCUAGAGAAGGUCGGGAGAUAUUAGCAGAAGGGCAUCACGAAUUCCGGUUUUCCUUUCAGCUUCCAUCUGGGGGUAUUUCAACUUCAUUCGAAGGUAAAUAUGGCAGCAUUAGAUACUGGGUGAAGGCAGAGAUGGAAAAACCUUGGUCAUUCAAUCACAAAACUAAAAAAGCUUUUACAGUGAUCAGCCCUAUUGACAUAAACAGGACGGAAUAUUUGGUAGCAGUAGAGAACAGUGUAGAAAAAACAUUGUGCUGUUGCUGGUGUACCUCAGGGCCCAUAUCUAUGUAUGCACGCACAGAUAGAAGAGGCUACUGUCCAGGGGAGUCAAUAGCUAUCACUGCAGACUUUGAAAAUCUUUCCUCACGAAUCAUCAUUCCUCAUGCAACCCUUCACCAGACCCAGACAUUUGCAGCUGGCGGAAAGUCUCGUUUUCGACACUCAAAGUUCACCAUCGUCACAGGGUUAGCCAUCCAGCCAGGAAGAACAGCCAACUGGGAUUUUCAACUACUAAAAAUUCCUGCUGUUUCACCAUCCAUAAUUAAUAACUGUUUGAUAAGAGUUGAUUAUGCUGUGAGAAUCACUCUACAAAUCCCAGGAGCUUACAAUCUGUCAGUGAACCUACCUAUUGUGAUUGGAACAGUCCCUUUACGAACACGACCACCAAAUUACAGAACACUGCUCUCUGCCUUAGAGGCUUUUCCUAGAAUUAAUGAUUUGGGACUGACAUUUUACCCAGUUGCUCCCCCAUAUAGUGAAGUGGACAUGUCCUUAUUGCAUGAUGAACCUCCCCCUACAUAUGCUGAAUGUGUGGAAGGUUCAGUGGAUAUUACUGAAGAUGAUGAUGAUAUUAUAGGAGACACUCGAUUCACUCCAAUGUACACCUAUGUUCAUGAUUACCAGUACCAACCUCCUCCCGCUUACUCUGAGGUGGAUCCUCAUCCAGUUGAAGAAGAAGGGCAGGGAUGAAUAUUGGUGUUUGGACCAGAUGGGUUAUGGUAAAGUUAUAUUGAUGCUAUUUCAACAUCUUACACCACAGAUAAUAUCAGCUGUAACAACUGUUGUCAUCUUGCCUUAUACAUGCUAAUUGAAGUUACUACGUGAUCUUGGCAGCUAUCGUCUUAAUGAUGUGGAAUGCUCUAUGGAUGGUUACCUUAUAAUGAACUUCAGGAUGCAAUAUCACUGUCUCUGUUCUGGUUCAGGCUUAGUUUCUGUUCCAUUUCAACAUUUCACUUGAAAUGUUGAUAACAUAAUGUUUUGUAAAAUCAACACAUUGAUUGAAAAUCGAAAUAAGCAGUAUCUUUUAGAACCUAUGUAAUAUUCUAUGAUGUUUGAACUUAGUUAAGUUUAUCUACUAUAG